ACCCGACAAAGCAAGCGCGGCGCAGCGAAAGCUGGUACCGCGACCGCGAGCUCGAUCCGGAACGAAGCUAGGGUUUAGGCUUCCGUUGCGAAUCGAGAAGGGGGAAGGGAGUAGGAGCGGCGGCGGCGAUGGCGGCGGAGGAGGACAUGGCGGUGAAGGAGCCGCUGGAUCUGAUACGGCUCAGCCUCGACGAGCGCAUCUACGUCAAGCUCCGCUCCGAGCGCGAGCUCCGCGGCAAGCUCCAUGCAUAUGAUCAGCAUCUCAAUAUGAUACUUGGAGAUGUUGAAGAGACAGUAACUACUGUAGAAAUUGAUGAUGAGACUUAUGAGGAGAUCGUUCGUACGAGCAAACGCACUAUCCCCUUCCUUUUUGUCCGAGGAGAUGGUGUGAUACUGGUUUCUCCGCCCUUGCGGACGGUUUGAAAGUUGGGGUGAUGCAUUCCGCAGUCCUACAGCAGUGGUCGGGGAAGUUUUACCGGGAGAAGCAAGCGGCAGGUAUCUGAGAUGUUGGACAGGUUAUGAGAGAGGUGCAUUGUACUUCAACUAUGGCUGUGUAUUUGAAUCUACCUCCCAGUUUGGUCAGCAGGGAUCGGCUCGGUAAAGUACGGUGAACGAUAUCACUUGAUCAAUCGUUCCAGUAAGUCGUGGAUUGGCUGGUGGUGUUCUGAUCCUCUUCAUAAGCUCUCGCUUUUUGCUGCGUGACUGUGUGAACUGAGUUGGCAUUGAUUCAUGUGAUCGCGUUCCCUGCCAGCUACUGGUCUACCGUUUA